AUGGUGGCAGGUGACUCUGGCUCGGCGGCGGCGGGCGAUGUGGACCUGCAACAAUGCAGGGGACAAGAUGUGAGAAAGACUUUGGUUGAUCAUCUCUUUGAAGCUCUCUCUGCAGCAGGACUGAAUGUUUUCUUAGACAGUGAGAAAUUGGAAAAGGGGGAAGAGAUUUGGCCGAGCUUGGAAAGAGCAAUCGAGAGCAGUGCUAUACGCAUUCCUAUACUUUCUAAAGGCUAUGCAGACUCAACUUGGUGUCUCAGGGAGGCUGCUGCAAUGUUGAAGACUCCUGGCUUGAUCAUUCCUCUGUUUUAUCAUGUGGAACCAAGUCAUGUUAGACAUCCUGAAAAGGACUCCAGUCCUUAUAAGCAAUCGUUUCUUAUACAUUAUGGGCAUUCAGAUCGAUACACAAGAGAAGAGAUUGAUGAAUGGAAGGAUGCCCUUGUACAAAUCUCUAAACUCUCAGGCUGGUCCACGGAUACAACUCAAGGGUAA